UUUUAUAUUUUGCAUUCUUACAUAUAUUUCUCAUUUACCAAUCACAAAUUUUUCUUGUGAUUCAUAAGAACGAUCUUUGCUAAUCUACACCAAAGUUAACGAAAACCUGGUUCUAAACGUCAAACUUGCAUUUUGGGGUUUUCAAGAAAACAAGCGGGGUAUGUGUUGGAUUGAGACAUCGAGAUAGAAAGAGAGGUGUGUGUAUUAUCAAAAGUGCCAGUGACGACUAGCGGCGGAGCGCGGCAGGGCGAGCUGCGGCGGGGCAUGGAGAGCGGCGCGGGGAGCCUGCAGGUGUGCGUCGUGGAGGGCAGGAACCUGGUUCCCCGCCAUCCCGGCGCCCCCCUCCACGCCUUCGUGCUGCUGCAGAUCCAUGACCAGCAGGUUUGCACGCUGACAUCCAACAACAAUCUCAAUCCAGACUGGCUGGCGGAGUUCAAGUUCGGGGUGUGCUCCGAGGAUUCCUCCGUGGUGGUAUCUCUCUAUGAAGCCAGGUUCCCCACUGGCGGAAAGUUGAGGGGCAAGGCCAUCGUCUCUCUUCGAGAAGUUGUGGACGUCGGAACCCAUGUCCAGUGGGUGAGCAUCCUCGCCGCUGACGGCGACUUCGCUGGAGAAAUUUGUCUAGUACUCCGCUACACCCGUUUAUCACCCAUGGACAUUUGUUCAAGGAAUGCCUUGGAAGCAAAGCACAUGCUCGACCGUGUUAAGCCUCUGAAGGGUCAAGCGGGAGUAGCAAGCGAGAGAAAUCCAUUGCCGUUGCGCACAACACCGUUUCCUCUGUCAUUGAUUCCUUCAAGUGGGCGCAAAAUUGAGCAAGCUUCCGUCGCAUCUUCUCACCAUUCUAUCCCAAGGUCGAGAUCGCCAUCGCCAGCACCUGCGAGGAAGAAGCUUGUGCUGCUGGUUGCGGCAGCUGCGGCAUCUAGCGUCGCCGCUGCGUUGGCUUUUCGCCGCUGCCGACGUUUAAGCCGCCGUUGUGCGGAAGAUGAUGAGGAAUGGAUGUUAAAUAUAUCAACAUAAUGAUUAGGGGAUGAAAAUUAGUGUUGUAUAUUUAAAAUGAUUGUAACAAAAAUGUAACAAUAACUAUCUUACUUCUUUGGAUAGAAGUAAGAUAGUUGUUGGCAUGUUUCAAAAACAUUCAAUAAAAUUGGCACAAAUUAUCUUUUUAAAGAUAAAAUUUAGAUGUCACCUGCAUACCUUUCAAUAGGCAGAUCUGUU